AUGCCUAACAACAGAAAACAAGCAGAACAGAGACUGAUUUCAUUAUCCCGAAAAUUUGAAAACAACAUUGAAUUUCGUGACAGUUAUAGGGCAUUGAUGGACAAAAUUAUCAGAGAAGGUUACACACAACAAGUUCCUCCUGAGAACCUACAACAAAAUGAUGGACAUGUGUGGUAUUUGCCGCAUCAUGGUGUAUUUCAUCCCAAGAAGAAUAAACUGCGUGUUGUAUUCGACUGUGCAGCAAAGUUCAAGGGGACUUCACUAAAUGAUCAGUUGUUACAAGGCCCUAACUUGACAAACACACUUAUUGGAACUCUGAUCAGAUUUCGGGAAGAUGAGAUAGCUGUGAUGGGUGAUAUUGACAGCAUGUUCUACCAAGUGCGUGUACCUCUCCAGGAUGCUUCAUUUCUUCGAUUCCUAUGGUGGAAAGAUGGAGAUACUUCGAAAAGUGUAACUGAAUACCAAAUGGUUGUGCAUUUGUUUGGUGCAACAUCUUCACCUAGUUGUGCCAACUUUUGUCUUCGAAAAACAGCACAGGAUUGGAAAGGAUAUUUCAGUGAAGAGACUGUUAACACCGUUCUCAAAAACUUCUACGUAGAUGAUUGUCUUAAAUCUGUCAAAUCUGUGAACGAGGCUGUAAUCUUAGUGAAAGACUUACAAAGACUUGGAGACAAAGGUGGUUUUCACAUUUCAAAGUGGAUAAGCAAUAGUCGAGAUGUCAUGAACUCAAUACCUGUGUCAGAGAGAGCUAUAGAAGUUAAGACUUUAGAUCUAGAUCAUGAUACUUUGCCGAUUGAAAGAGCUCUUGGAGUCCAGUGGUGCGUCGAGUCUGAUUUCUUCAACUUCAAGCUGGAAUUGAACAAACAACCGCUUACCAGACGAGGAAUUCUGUCGAUGGUCAGUAGUGUAUAUGACCCAAUAGGAUUUUUGGCUCCAUUUGUACUCAUAGCCAAAUGUAUCCUUCAAGAACUUUGCAAGAUGCAAUUAGGAUGGGAUGAUAGAAUUCCAGAUGACCUCGUAAUUCAGUGGAAUCAUUGGUACCAGGACCUCCAGAAACUAGAAGACUUCAAAGUGAACAGGUGCAUCAAGCCCUUUGGAUUCGAUCCAGUCAUUGCGCAGUUACAUCACUUUUCUGACGCAAGCGAAACGGGAUAUGGUACAGUGUCCUACUUACUACUGGAGAAUACAGACGGAGAACGUCAUUGUUCCUUCAUCAUGGGAAAAUCUCGUGUUGCACCACUCAAACAGACAACCAUUCCAAGACUGGAGUUGACGGCAGCUACAAUAGCCGUCAAAACCAACAAGAUGUUACUGACUGAGCUAGACAUGCCCAUCGAUCGCGUUAUAUUCAGGACCGACAGUAUGGCAGUAUUACGUUAUAUUCAAAACAGAACGGCAAGAUUUCAUACUUUCGUAGCUAACAGACUAGCAGUGAUACAUGAAGGAUCACAGCCAAGCAAUUGGAGAUAUAUUAACACGAAAGUCAACCCAGCUGAUUAUGCAUCAAGAGGUAUAUCGGCCAACAGUCUUAUCAUGCAAGAAAACUGGAUCAAGGCCCCGAGUUUUUUAUUGGAACCAGAGGAUCAGUGGCCCAAACAUCCAAUGGAGAUCGCUGAUACAAAAUUAUUUGACAAAGACCCAGAGGUGAAAAGAGUUACCGUCAGAGCAGUCAUCGCAGAGCAAGAGAAUUCAGACAAUUCUACAGAGUGUGUUAACAAGUUGAUUUAA